UCGGCAAGUGGCCUAAACACCAAAGCAGGCGUUGGAUGGAUAAAGGUCGGCUUAGGAAUUCAUCAGGUUGGCGGGCGCGACGAGGAAGCAAAGGAUUGCUGCGGUCGUGGGGAACCAAGCUUGUUGGUUGAUUGGGUGGCUCUGGGGAAGGUUGGAGAUUGUUGUCGCUGGUCGGAUGGCGUGCUACUGUUGCAGUGUAAAGAGACGAGGAACGCCCCCCAAGCCCAACUGUCUGUCAAUCGCUCAAUCAGAGAGAAGUCGCGCGGGGAGAGUGGGCUAGAGUAUGAGCAGCCACCGGCUGGCUGGUUCCAGUCAACGGUGAGACGAACCAGACCAGUACCGUACCUGGCCACUGUUCAGUCGGUCAGGGUCGGUUGCGUGCUUGGUAGGUAG